GUGAUUUCGGCGCCAUCUUAAAUUGUAGAAAAGUUGCAGUUUAAUAAUAAUCAAUCAUAAGUCCAUUGCUAUGGAAACACGAGCUCCAAAUUAACCAUUUCCAACUAAAACUUGUAUAAAUGAUGACAUAGAAAAAGGAAGCAAGAAUGAGGAAGGAUGGCACACUGCGGACGUACGGUCGUCACAAGAAUCGGGUGAUUGUAGCUACGGACACCUGGUUAUCUGACCAGGACAAGAAGACUGGAGUGUUCAGUACGUCUGGAGACUCGUCCAAGUCUGGCAUAUUUCAUUCCAGUAGCAGCAGUGGUCAGGACUCGUUGAAUUCAACAGGUGGAAGUUGUUUUACUAGGCAAAGGAACGGAGUUAAAAAUCCAAGACAACCUGGCAAGCAGGGAAUCAAUAAGGAGAACCAAAAUGUGCCUGUCAAGGACCCCAAAAUAUCAAAAAACAAAGUCAAGGCAAGUAUGAAGACAAGAAAAAGCACUUCUCUACUUGCAGUUAAAAAAGCCUUUAGUUGA